GUAUUCCUGAAUGGAAUUCGCAAUGGCGGUAGCACGUUCGUAGCUUGGUCGAGUGACAGCACUGAGGUGCUUCACGCCUUUGACGCGCAUGUCAAGCCGCAGACACCGCAGACGCCCCCUUCGGCGUUUCCAACGAUAGCUGCUACCCUUUCCCGCUUUGCCGUAGUGCCGUACGGCCUUGUUUACGCUGGCUGGAAAGGAACGUGGAUGCGCUGCUCAACGUCGCUACCUGCGAUCGACACUACGAAAAUUCGGAAUCCUUAGACAAAUGACGGCUUCAAAGCGCUAAUGAGUCCUGCCAUGCAGUCAAAGAAGUUCAUGAAGGCGGUGUUCAAGGAAGUCAAAGAUGGGAAACAAUCAAGGGUGUUCAUACAGAAUGAUGUUGAUGUUCCAAAGCUUGACAAAUAUUCCGUAUUGAUUAGUGUGAAAGCAUGUGGUCUUUCCAACAGUGAUGACAAGAUUCUGAAAGUCCUGUACAAGGACCAGUCAAGGACCAAGUACCCAAUAUGUCAUGAAGUCGCUGGUGUGGUGGUUGAGGUUGGAGACUGGGUAACAACUGUGGAUCGCGGUGAUGAAGUAGUGGGUUUGAUUCCUCUUGACUAUGGGCAGUCAGGAUGUGCUGAAUACGUACGUCUCAAUGAAUAUGAUGUCACCAAGAAGCCACAAAAUGUGAGCUUUGUCGAUGCCGCUGGCUGCAUUGGCGACGCUGUGAAGGCCUACACAGGUUUGCACUACCUUGGGCGUCUCACAAGCGGUGAUACUGUUCUAGUCAUGGAUGGUGCAUCUUCAUUUGGAGCUAUUGCCAUUCAACUGGCCCAGCACUGGGGUGCCAAGGUGAUCACCACAGCGAGCUCAGAUGAUGAGGUGCUUUACCUCGAGGGGCUUAAGGGCCAGGUGGCCCGGGUGGUGGACCUCCGCAAGACGGACAAUGCCGUCUCUGGAUCCGACUUCCAUCCGACCUACAUGACGGGUGCUGGCGGCAACAACAACAACAACAAUAACAAUGUCAACAACAAAACCGGUGGAACUGCCCGCGCACUGCUGCCAGCCUGUAUGCAGGAAUCCGCAGGCCUUGGCAUAGAUCUUGUGCUGGACAACGGCGUCACACAGUUUGCAGAGACGAGCUAUCGCAUCGUGGUGGAGGAAACUUGCAAUCACCCAGUGCCAAGCAAGCAUGACAUUGUCUCCUGCCUUGCAGUGGGUGGCCGUUGGAUUACUUCCAAGAGCGACCUUCAGCUGGACCCACCACAUUCCCAGAUGAUGUUCAUGAAGUGUGCCUCGAUUGGAUUCCUUUUUGAGCAAGCCUGGAUCCUGUCAUCUACACAGCAAGGCCGUUACUUGCACAUCCUGAUGGACAUAAUGGAGAAGGUUUCCAGUGGAGUGAUCAGGCCGAACAUCCAUCACACAGUUUCUUUCGAGGCUGUCCCCGACGCUCUCGAGAGCCUUACAGAUAAGAGAGUGGGCAAAGUCGUGAUGAAGAUGAAGUGAACGAAGCAGUUUGCUGUGCCGUGCAACGGUGCUAAAGCUCGACAACUCUUUCUUCUGGUCACUAGGGGCCCUCUAAGCCCCUUUCUCCGUCUCUCUAGUAGCCAGUAGCUUUAUAACUACCUCUAGUUGUUUGUAAUAUCAUUUUUUCAUUGUUGGCCCACGCAACACUAUCACGCUUACGCACUCUUGCGACUCGCAAUUUAUUCUGCUUUUAUCACCCGUUCCUCAAACACCGUAGUGCUUGCCACCAAUGGUGGUCCCAGUUGCAACGCUGUUAGGUAGUAGAUUUACAUGUGCAAUACGCUAGCAAAAUGCACACCUUAACUUGCUCAUUUGUGUAGCACAUGCUGUGUGAUGUCCUUGUGAUAGAGCACUCGGCUACGAUAAUCUAAUCCCCUCGCACAAGCUGUUGAAACUAGUUAGUACACGUUUAGUUUUGUACAGGGAGUGUGAAAGUUAGUUUCAGACCUUUCUGACUAUGGUUUCUUUGAAACUUUUCGAUGUUUAGACACUGGUUGUGUGUCUAGUUUGUGGCUAGUCAUUGCAGGACCUUGUGAAUGAGCAGCACUGUAUGUAUGUGCACUUGACUAGCAGUAGCCUCAGGGGCCAGUCAAUGCGUAUCUUGUCACAUGCACGUUGUAGAGUGUGGGAUGUGAGUGAUCGCUUCUGUUGUCGUGUGCACAUUAUGGCCGAUGUAAAGAACAAGGGACAGUUUCUGUUGUUGCAUUUACAGAGUUUGAAAUCUCUGAAACAAGGAUGAAAGUAUUAUUGGAAGGGAGCCCUUGCCGUGCUUUGUCCAAAAAGAAAGAACGUCCAAGAUAAUUUUGGCUUGUCCGUGCAUAUACGAAAAGCCUGUGCCCAUGUUGUAGACUUAAUUAGUGACCCACUUGUGUUAGUUUUAAUUUUGAGAGACGACCAUUUGCGAACUGUUGACUGUGAGAAAGUCUGUUAAGUGUCUGGUUUUACUUUAAGCUGCCAGCAUUGUGAACAAAAGCAAUACUUCUGUCCUUUGUUUGUGGACCAUACAUUAAAUAAUGACUACUGUGACUGUGCUGUAUGUUAUACAUUUAUCACUGGGCAAAUUUAGUCUAUUUCAGAAAGUGUUGUUCAUUUACUGCCUCACAGAAAAAAUUUCCCAGCAACAGCGUGUGAUCUACCAAGUCCAAGAAACACGUUUGUGUUUGGUGUGGAUUGCAUACUUUGUAUGGCAGAUCCUUAGCAGCAGGUAAAAGAUGCUGAAUCAUAUGGGAAGUCAGUGGAUGGAAUACGUGUUUGGAGGGAAAAGUGGAGGUAAAAGUGAAGUAACAUUACCACGAAGCUAGUCCUCAGCGACCCCAAUGCAUUGUGCAUUGUCAUUCCACAUGAUUGUUUCUCAUCAGUUCACAUCAACACUGGCGAUACUUGCAGUUUUCGAAAACUCCAGAUUUCUCUGCACCGCAGCAGAUUAUGCACUUUUCACUUACACUUCUUUGGUUACUGAUAAUUAGGAACAUUUUGCUCAUAAUCACAAAGUUGCCCUUUGUCUCUUCAUUCCACUUCAUUGUGCUGUCAUGGUUUACGUUAUGAGAUGUAUUAAGUAACGUUUGAGUGUAAAGGUUGCUUUGAAGUAUAAUUCAAGUAAAAAAUAACUUUAUGUGUACAAGUAACCAACUCAUUGCUGUUGUUAUUGUUGACAGUUUUGGAGUGACAGCAUACUGUAAAAGUUACAUUGAAUGUCCUUCUUUGGGAGUGACAUUCAAUGUUCUGCGUCACACGGGGGAGUAAUUGCUUGCAAACCUGUGCUUAUGCAAGCACAAGAAGGCCUCGCCAUACUCUUUCAUGGCUUCUUAACAAGCUUGCAGCUGAAAAGUUCUCUUUUUCUAUGUGACCCAUCAUACACAAUCUCAUUUGAGUUCAGAUAUGCUGGGCAGGCCAGGCUAGGGAAGGUACGAGACGAUGGUAUCAUGUAAACAUUUUUUCUUAUAAUAUAUUUCAGAAACUUGCUGUAGCUCCUACAUUUCAUAGAUAUCUCUCUUGCCUUCUUCCCUUUGUACUGUCUUCCUCAUUCCUACUCCUGACAGAAACUUGUAUUACACCAAUUUCCAAGUGACAUAUUUGUACUUUUGUGCUUCGCCUAGUGUCCUAACACAUUUUCUCGCAGUGCCAGGCAAUUUUGAAACUUUAUCAUCACAGUUAUCGAGGUAGAUGUAGCGAUAUACUACCCACUCACAAUCCCGUAAAUGCCAUCAUUUACCCCGCCCCUAUUUUCAGCUAGCUUUCUUUCAUGCUGCGAGCAGUUUUCUUCCACACUAUUUGUCCUCUGCAAAAAAAUAUUAACCAUAAUGCUCAGUGCCACUGUUAGAAGAUAGUCCCCUAAGCAGUAAGUGGGCUGAAGCUUGCAUGGUUUUACAAUUAGCACUGGUGACAAAUGCUUGUUAUUAACACUCUGCAGGACAAGCUGGCAGUAAUAGAUGUGUGCAGUACUAUCAUUUUUUUUUUUUUUUUGAAGCAGAAUGGAAUAAAACUGUAACGUUUGUUAAAAAAAAUCUAUUUUAAUAACUGAUUCGACUGGUUGUUUCAGACCACUCCAAUAGCACUACAAAAAUCAUGUGGAACACCAUUUAAGCUGUGCGGCAGGUAAAAAUAAUCUGCAAUGGCAAUACCGGUGCCAGAUUAUCACUACUAGACCCACUGAUUCUCAUAAUACAACAUUAACGAUGUCCUUUACAUGACUUUCAGAGCGGUCUGACACAAUCAGUUUAAUGCCCUAAGACAUCAUGAUGAGAUUGAUGGUAAUCCCUGCUGUUUGUGUACAGCGCAGACGACACCAUGGGCAAAAAUGUUAUGCAUUUGACCAUAAGGACUCCAUAGCAGUUCAUGGUCACAUGCUGCAUGUAUGUGUUAACUAGCUAUCACCGCAUUGUCACUUCUUUUAAUGUUGCGUGGAUUUACCUGUCAUCCUAAAUUUAAAAUUUCAGGUUUUAUCUUUCAGUGAAUGCUGGUUUCUGGCUACAGAAAAGGAAAGGUUGUGAUUUCCAUAAAAAUCUUCAGAAGCGUUUAGUUCUUUUGCCAAUCCCUUUGGAAAACAGCAGGAUGAGCCACUUCUAGUUUGAGUAUUUAACCAGUUAGAUAUUUCUUUUUAUUUGAUUAAAAACAGGGAGUAAAUAUGAAUGGCCUUAAAUGCCACUACCUUAACUGCAAAUGUCAUUAUUGUUUUGUGACACUGCUGUAUUUAAUGACAUGCAUAAUGUUCAAGCACCAUUCCACAUCAGGGAAAGUUAUAACUUGAUUCAUCUUUAUGUCCAUUAAUGUCCAUGGAGAAUACAUUAAUAAAAACAAUAUGAGUAAGAAAUUAGUACAAUCAUUAAUUUUUAAUGAGCUUGCUAAAUUAUCCACUAGUGAUAUCUAUCUCAAGUGUUUAAAAAAUGGCACUACAGGCUUUGCUCUAAAUUUAUUUCAGAUGAAUAUGAAUUCUUAUGUACCAAAUUCAGUGCAUCAGAAAUUAUAUGUUGGGUUUUGUGGGGUUAAAUCUUAGUGCUGUUUGCAAUGAACAGAAUCUUGACGAAUCAACGCUUUAACAAGUGUGCACUAUUGUUCCCAUGUUUGUGUUGAGUAGUACACUAACUAGAUAACUUUAAACAAACAGUUAACAAGAAUCGUUGCGAUUUUUUUUUUUCAAAGAAAUACUUUUGCACACAUCAGAAAUCAUCAGUCUGUACUUUCCAGUUUCACAUCCUUCAAAUUUACAGGCGUUACAUUUAUUCAACCACACUGGCUUUAGAUUCAACAGUUGUUGACAUGUGUGCUCCUUGACAAGUUACAGCAAUUCUUGCUUAGAAAAAAAAAAAAAAAACAUUUACUUUGUUUAGUGACAUUGUUGGCAAAUUUAAGCAAUUCAUUAACGUUCUGGAAAUUGUGAAUUUAAGCCAAGAAGUAGUGUCAUCAUUUUGUUUAAUUUAGACAUUAAAUGCGCGUGUGCUGCAACACAGACUCUGAAAUUGACGGCAUUAAAGAAUACACAUGCCAGGCAGGCGCAAAAGGUGACAUUAACUGCUUAAUGCCUUAAAGUUUAGUGUUAUUCGCAUUGUGCCAAAUGGACAUGCUUAACAGCAUUACAGCUUAAUGCCACUUGCAGCAUAGUGUAUGCGCGGCUCAGUUGGCUGUCAAAUGUGUACAGUGUGUACGGUUUCUCCAAAUGUUAGCAGCUACGGCUGCACAAAAAUAACACGUCUACGCAAAAUAUGCCUCUUAGUGUUAUUGGUACCAUUUCCUGUAAAUUUACCAGCUAAAUAACUUUCUGGUAUUGCUGCACUCACUGCAGCCAUCAUCAUUGUGGCAUUUAUUGUCACUAAGACUGCGCAGAUGGUACCAACUUGAUGGUGGCAUUAAGGUCCUGGGCACUUAAUGACAUUAACCUCACCCGUGUGGCACACAUAUAAAGCCUUUAAUGUCGUUAACCUUACCCAUGUGAUACAGGUAUAGACUGCAGUCCUCAACUAUGAGGCAAGCCAUUGACAAAGCUCCCAAGUGUUGAGACUCAUCGUUCAAUUGCAGGGCGUGCCUUGUGGCAGAACCACCUUUCCCGCACCCCCUGCCGAUACUUCUUUGGCAACUAAGAACAAAGUUUUCGUCCUUCACGUGUUUUAACUUCCAGCAAACAAAUGUUUCCACCAAGUGUGCACGCUGCUGUCUUGAAACGAACGCAUAACGAGAUGGCACCGAAAGGAAGGCGUGCCAACAAUUUUACACCAGAACAUUUAAGGGAUGGAUUAUUGGUGAGCUACACCAAAUGUCAAGCAACAGUACAGACUGUGUGGUCUGUUGGUGCUCCUUGUAAAUGUUGCAAAGUGUGUUCCAUGUAUAUGUUCAAAGAAGUUACCACCACCUCAAUAACACCUGUCCUACAUCAAGAAGGGAAAAAAAAACAAAACAAAAAAAAAACGCAUUGGUUGUGACCUUUUGGAGGAGCCAUGUUUCAUAAAAAAAAAAUCAUUAUUUACAUUAGCAAAUGCUUCAGAUGCAGUUGAUAAAGUACCAUUGCCCAUGCAUCAAUUCCCAACAAGUUUGUCUGCGAAACUGCAAAAAAAAAAAAAGAAAAUCACCUCUGGCAUUCAAUACACCAAAUUUAGAGGUGCAGUGUUAUGGUCGCAAGUUCACUUCUCAAUUCUAUCUCCUAUAAUCAAUCAGCUUAUGUGGGCACUGGUACAGCUAAAAAAAAAAAAAGUAUAAAUGCGCAACAUAGCCUUACUUGCUAAUAAGCUGCUUCAGGAGCCAUUUGUUAUGCUUUCCAGGGGUUAUAUUGUGUAACGAUUCUUUUAAUUUUAUAUUCUUUUUGCCUUGCAUCAUUCACUGGCAUAACACCAGGUCUUCUUUAACACUAUUAUCUGCAACUGGCUGCGAUGGAUAAAAAAAUGAAUAGAAUUGAAAAAGAAUCGUUCUACAAUAUGGCCCCUGGUCUUCAUUUUUUUGUCUGUUGGUUCUCCAUUUACACAAUUUCACAACUGCUUGGAGCUACAUUACAAGCUGUGAUGGGUCUUUCACCUUUGCCACAAAUUUACACAGCGCAUCCGAAUAAAUGCUUGUCCCAGUGUUAAUGCAAUGUACUUCUGCUGAGCAAUAAAAACUUUAGGCAUCCCAGCCAUAUGACAACUCG